AUGAAUCAACCAGAGUCUGGAAGAUUCACCCCCGAGAAAUUUACAGAUGACACAAUUCCUCCCAUUGAAGCCAUCAGUGACAAAGUCAACGACUUCGAAAAGGCUCCCGAUGGUGGCCUCCGAGCGUGGCUCACCACAGCUGGGACUGCUUUCACCUUCUUCGCAGCCCUAGGGUUCGCGAACUCUUUCGGCGUUUUCCAGGAAUACUAUCUAUCCCACCAGCUGAAAGGUCAGCCAGCGGACAAAGUCGCAUGGAUUGGAUCCUUAUCAACCUUCCUUCAGCUCGCAGCUGGAGCUGUGGGCGGACCAUUGUUUGAUCGAUAUGGGGCCUGGGUUAUUCGACCCGCAGCUGUGCUUUAUGUGUUCGCUCUCAUGAUGACAAGUCUAUGUGAACAAUAUUGGCAGUUUACGCUCGCACAAGGUGUUCUACUGGGCAUCUCGAUGGGCUUCUUGCAAUUCCCCUCGAUGGCUGCCGUGAUGCAGUAUUUUGAUAAAAACAUUGCGGCGGCUCUAGGUGCAGCUGUCGCUGGAUCAUCCAUUGGUGGGGUUGUCAUCCCGAUUGCUCUCUCAAAGAUGCUUAAUAGCACAUCACUUGGGUUUGGGUGGUCUGUACGAAUCAUUGGAUUUGUUGUCACUCCACUCUUGGCUUUCUCUUGCCUAACAGUGAAAGCGCGGCUGCCACCCCGAAAGACGUCCUUCUACAUUCUGUCGGCCUUUACCAAGAUGGACUUCUGUCUGCUUGUAGCGGCGAUGUUCUUCAUGUUCUUUGGGUUUUUCACACCUCUGUUCUACAUGCCGACAUACGCAGUGACCCGGGGAAUGGACGCAACUCUCGCUUCUUACUUGCUAGCGAUCCUCAACGCAGCUUCAACUUUUGGUCGAGUUAUUCCCGGAGUUUUGGCGGACAAGUUUGGCCGAUUGAAUGUUUUGUCAACGGGUGGUAUCAUCACUGGAAUCAUAAUAUUCUGCAUGAACAAGCCCGAAUCAAACCCAGCUUUGAUUGUGUACUCGAUCAUUUUCGGAUUUUGGUCUGGUACAAUCAUCUCCGGCGCAACGGCAGCUCUCUCGAUCUUGAUCCCGGAUCCCAGGACCACCGGCACAUACCUAGGAAUGGCAUUGGGGGUUUCCUCGAUGGCUGCAUUGAUAGGACCACCCGUGAAUGGUGUUCUUGUCACCAAGUACAAUGGGUUUUUUGAGGUUUCCUUAUUGAGCGGCGCGACGUGCACUUUUGGGGGCCUCCUUGCGCUAGCAAUCAAAACGCAGAAACCCGAAGGCCUUUUGGGGCGAGUAUGA